CCCCCCAGGUUUUCUCAGAAACAGAAGAACACAAAGGGAAACGGAAUCAAGAACAUUGCAUCACAAAAAGAACCGAAAAGAGGAAGCCAGAAAUAGAAAGAAACUAAUCACCGGAGCAAUAUCUAGCAGAGAAAAUGAAGAGAGAAGAGAGGGGGAAGUACGAGUUAGCAAGUGAAGACUUGAGCUCUUCGAAGCAACAGCAGCAGCAGCUUCGCUCGGCGGAUUGAGAAGCUUAUAUCUGCGCCAUACGCCGUGGUCGUCAAUCGCGCGGAACCGAAAGGGAUGGACAGAACGUUUCUGGGACCGAAGGAGAGGGAAGAUGGGGGUAGUUGGUAACAAAAAGCAGCAGCAAAUAUGUACCAAAAUAGAAAGUAGUAUCAUAUAGGAAGAAGAAAAAAGAGUAGUAGCAAGUCAGCUCCAAUUCCCAAUUAGAGCAAGAAGACGAGUUGUGCGGAAAACUGCGGAUCACUUUUUCCUUUUUUCUCUCUUUUAUUGGAAAAAGUUAGCUAAAAUAUACUUUCAUAGUAAUAACUCAUAAUUAUACACGUUGUGACAACAAUAGCCACAUUUUGAAAAAUAGACUGUUAUACAUUCCGUUCAAAACUUUAACGAUACCUUCACAAAUGUUGAUUAGACAAAUGUUUUAUAGUGACGUGACAGUUUUUCGUCAAAUCCAUUGCCAGCUAGAAAUGUUGACUUUUAUUGUAAUUACAUGAGAAACAAAAGAAAAUUUAAAUAAAAUAAGGAAUUGAAAAAAAUUAAUGAGUCUUCUUCGUCUUUCUUUUCUCUACCAUCUAUCCUCCCAGGUUAAACUUUGACUAGUACUCCGUUCUUCAAUAUACCCUCAAAUUGAUCUUUGGCGAGUGCAUUGAGAUUGGGAAAACAAAACUAAUCGAAACAAAAAUUCGUUUACGAAACCAGAACCCGUUGAUGAAGAAGCAAAAAAAGAGGAAUCAGUAUUGUUGUUCCGGCUGCGAAGAAAUCUGGCACUGCUACCAAGAAAGAAAUUGUGGAUUUCGGGACUCCCGCUCAAGACCUCGAAAGCGACCAGAUCUGCGCAUGUCGAAAUUGCGGCGAGUACACAGGAAUUGGGUUCUUCUGUGGUCCCUCUCAUCUCUUUCUUCAUCUUCUCCGAUGGUUGGGCUUCUGUCGUCGAUUAGGGACUCCGUCAACGCAUGGACGUCAGAUUGGCCGAGGGCCAGAUGUUACACCCCAUCUUUUUCUAAGCCGAAAUGACGAUUAUGCCCUUGGUCCAAAAUUUUCAAAUUUCACCAUAAUGUCGAGGAGGACUAAAAAUGUGAACUAUCGGUUCAAGCGGUGUCGAAUUUCAACAUCAUAUGGGAAAGUUAUGGAUAUUAAUCGAGUUUCAGAAUAAACUCACCCGACACCUAAUUAAACGUCAAGUCCCAAAAAUAUCCCUUAGUUUAAUUAAAGCCUACCAAAUCCGAGAGCAACCUCUAAUUAAACCCUAACCCCAGUUAACCACUAAAUUCUCUUCAACCGUCGACCUUAAACCCUGCCAAAAUCCCGAGAUCAUGAAGUCAGUGACCGGCGAAAUCGUCUUAUCGACACCCGUCUCUCUGUCCAACGCAGCCUCCAUCCUCUCCCAAUUCGUCUCCGCCGACACCGGCGCUUCUCAGGCCCUCAACGCGUACCUCCGGCGCGCCAACUCUGCUUUCAACGAGCUGGUACGAUUGCGCUCCAAAUCUGAGCGCAGGGCUCGCGAGAAUCACAGGUCAGGCGCUGCCGAACCCUCUGCACUUACCACCACUUCCGUUACCACCGUGGAUGAGAGACUUCAACUCUCUAAGGGGACGGCACAGCCCCAGUUGAACUCGGAGGAGCCACAUAAAAGAAAGAAGAAGGGAGAGGAUGAGGUUAAGGUUGAGGACGAGCAGCGUAAAGGCGAGGGUAAUGUUGAGGAAGAAGAGCUGUCAAAUAAGAAGACGAAGAAGAGCGAUCUCGGGGAUUUUGGUAGUGAGAGUGAUAAGCAGAAAAAGAAGAAGCAUAAGAGUAAAGGACUUGAGAAUGGCGAUGUUGAUGGCUACAAGGUAAAUGGUGCCAUAACUGGUGCCCAGGAUGCUGUGAGUGAGAAAAAGAGGAUUAAGGAGGAAGAACAGAAGAGUGAUGGGGUGAAGCCAAAGGACGAGAAUAGGAAGAAGAGAAAGAGUCGUGAGAAUGGGGAGGAAAGGAGAGAUAACAGUCACUCCGAAGAGCGGCCGAGAAAGAAGAAGAGGUGAAACGAUUGAUAAACUGAGUGAUGGAAGCGUGGAGGAUGGAAUCAGAAUGUUUAUUUUGGUCAUAACUCGAUCAAUUGACGUCCGAACGAGGAAUCAUCAAGCCUAUGGAAUCGUGAUAACGAGGAGAAUUUAAUUGGAGCAAGUAUGGAAAUUUUAGAGCAGAUUCAGAGUUGGUUUCGACGGAUAUAAGGUGAGUGUAAAGGGGGUAAAUUCUACGCCUUACGUAUUCUUUUAAGUAUUAUGAUUUUAAAUAUUUUAGCGAAUUGUUUACCGUUGCUUGGUUAUGUUUAUGAUUGAUUAUUUGUGCUUUGCUUGAGCUAUGAUUUGAGGUGAUUAUGUGCUAUUUGAGGUGAUAUGAGGUGAUUUUGUGCUAUUUACCUUAAAGCGUUAUGUUUGAGUUAUUGUUAAAGUUUAAGAAACAAGUUCUUUUUAAGAAGUAACUCACCUUCAAGAAGGUGAAGUCGUUUUAAGUGUUUUUAGUCACUAGCGCCAGUCCUUUGCCAUUUGAGAUUUUCAGAUAGAGCAGCAGUUAUGCUCUUGAGAUCUUUGAGACAGAGCGGCAGUUAUGCUCUUGAGACUUUUAAGAUGAGCAGCAGUUAUGCUCUUGAGAAUCGUGGUGAAGAGCCACCACAAUAAGUUUAAGAUGUUAGGGGGAUGAAUCGUUACGACUUCCCUAACUAAGUUUGAGUUUAAGGAAAGCCUUGAUGGCUUCUCAUACGUAUGAGUUGGCAACCGGACAAGCUAGUGAGGGAUCCCAGUGUUGGUCAAGUAUUUAAGUCAAGCUUUGAGAUUUAAGAAUGGAGUAACAGUAACUCCCAUACAGUUUUAAGAGUUAAGCUUUUUAAUAGUGGAAGUACAAAACAAUUUCCUCUCAGUUAAGUAAAAUGAUCAAGUAUUAAUAAGAUGUUAAACGUAAGGGCGUAGACUGACCACAUCUCACUCACCAGUUUGACGAGCUAGAGAAGGAGCUAGAGGAGUAGUUAGUGAGCAGCAAGUUCGAGGGCAGCCAGCUAGAGAAGGGCAGUGUAAGCGUCACGGAGGAUGCCUAGUUGAGAUUUUCGGUAGCAGCAACGACAGAGACUACCUAGUUAUUUACAUGUUAUGAUUAUGAGUAUAGACUGGAGAUCAGAUUGAGAUUUUAAAGUUUGAGUUUAAUUUGCCCACAUGUUAGGGCUUUGCUUUGAACUACAAGUGUGUGUUGUCAGUAUUUUAUUUGUGAAAAAUUUUCCCGCUGCAAUUUAAGAUUUGAGUAUUUUAUUUUAUCAAGGGCAUUUUAGUAAAAGUAGUACCCGGUC